AGAUUCUUCUCCUUUCAACUCCCAUGGCUGACCACCAUGCCGUGAAAUGAGAACAAUAAAGAAAGGGUGGGUGAUCUAUGACUAGAUGAUCAACAAUGUGGACCAACAAAGAUCACAACAAUUUCACUCCAAAAGGGUUUCCGUUUUCCACCACUCAGCUGGAGAAGAAUCGCACCUGUUCUUCCAGUAUCUAUUCUUCUCCGCCAUCUGCAAUCAGGCAACCGCUGCUGCCGGCGUCUGAAAACAAACGGAAUCCGUCACACCCCAACAAUGAUGUUAGUCUCUUGCAUGUCAUCCGCAAAGUCCCUGCCGGCGAUUCUCCCUACAUCAGAGCCAAACAUGUUCAGUUGGUAGACAAGAACCCAGGCAAAGCUGUAUCAUUGUUUUGGGCUGCCAUAAAUUCAGGUGAUCGCGUCGAUAGUGCUUUGAAAGACAUGGCAGCAGCGAUGAAACAAUUGAAUCGAUCCGAUGAGGCAAUUGAGGCUAUCAAAUCUUUUCGUCAUCUAUGCCCAUUUGAAGCACAAGAGUCUCUUGACAACAUUAUGCUUGAAUUAUACAAGAGGUCUGGACGGUUAGAGGAGCAGAUAGAAUUGCUCGAAUCAAAACUGAAUGAUAUCGAGGGUGCUACAAUGCAGAAGAUGAACAGAACCAGGCUUGCCAGAUCUCAAGGCAAGAAAAUUCAAAUCACAAGGGGACAAGAGUAUUCAAGGUUAUUGGGCAACUUGGCCUGGGCUUACUUGCAGCAAGACAAUUAUAAACUAGCAGAAGAGAUAUAUAGAAAAGCGCUUUAUUUGGGGACAGAUAAGAACAAGCAGUGUAAUCUGGCCAUUUGCUUGAUGUAUAUGAACCAGAUGACAGAAGCUAAAUUUCUGCUAAAUACCGUUGAAAAUGCAAACAAAACAAGAGAAAUGCAUGAAUCUUAUGCCAAAUCUUAUGAGCGUGCGAUUGAGGUGAUGCAUGAACUGGAAUCCUGCAAGUCUCAUGCUGAAAACAACACAAAAUUUUCUUCGUUUCUUAGUAGAAACAAAGCAACAGAUUGUGGAGAGGAAGGCAAGAAAGGAAACAGUAGAAGUAUGCAGACUGAUGCAGAAUUUGAAUACAAGAAAAUCGAUCUUUCUCCAUUUCCGACUAGGAACAUGCCUAGGACAUCAUUUACGCAACCUCGAAUAGGCAACAAAGAAGAUCCUAAAGGGGGGUGUUUUCGGAAAUUAGAAAUUGAGCAGCCUGCUGAAGAGAAUGAUCUUGAGGUGAAACUACCAGCUGCAUCCAGUGAAACGUCUGUAAUACCCUUGAUGAGGGAAGCGAGAAAAUGCAGGAAAAAAUGGGGUGAUAUGAUGGAAGAAGAAGAAGAAGAGUAUGUUGAUGAAAAUGUGGAUUGCUGCAACAUGAUGGAUGAAAAGAUGGAAUCUUUAGACAUUAAUGAUGGAUAUCGGAUCCAACCAGGGGCUGGUAAUCGCACAGUGAAACGAUCUUUGGCUUUUGACGUGGAUGAAAACAUGUGGUUCAGCAACGAAAGUUAGGCUGCAGGUUUUUAAGGAUAUAAUGUUUUCGUCUGAAACUCGAGAUUAGCAUUGAAUAUAUAACUUCUUUAUAUGUAAGAGAAUCGUGUGUUUGUAAGGAUAUACGAAAAGAUUCUUGAGUCUUGUUGUGCAUUAAAAGGUUUCUGAUUUAAGGUUUGGAUUGUUGUU